AUGACAGGCAUUCGUUUCGUAGGAAACGAGUUCAGAUUGUUUAGCGGGCUAAAAUCUAACAACAACGACCGAAGAGCUCACCCGCACCACCCAAAGGCGGGCUUCUGCAGCCUUCUCCCCAGCGACGCGUGUAACGAAAACACUGUCAGGCCCGUGGCUCCAGAGCGAGAGAGCACACACUGUCUCCCGGACUCCGUCCACGCGUGUCUCUCUGCUCUCACCUACCGCAGCAGCCGCCCUCAGGACGGCGGCGAGUCCGUGGAGCAGCCACAGGCGAAGUCAAAAGUCAGCAAACACCGACCGUUGUCAAUUUUCAAACCAGCCGCCUCCAACUGGAAGUCCCUCCCCGUUCCGCCCCGCCCACUUCCUGCGCUCCGUUCGCGCCGGGUACCGGCUGGGCUCAGUAGGCUUAGAGCGGUUGGCGCUGGAGGUGCGAGAGAGAACGCUGGGCUCUAG